AUGGAGGCCGCCACCCAGCAUUCCUCGGAAGAGAGAACACAGCGGAACGUGUUUGCCUCUAUGUGCGCCACUUGGUUCGUGCUGGGCGGCUGCGUUCUGCUCGUCCGCGUGGCCAGGCAGGAAAGGCACAAGUCGCGACGAUUGUCGGUGGUCUCGUACUUCGGCCAGCUUUUGGGACGGUGCAGAAGCUUGGUACUGGUCCUGGCUGGCACAGUGGACGGCCUCUCCGCGAAGCAGCUGGCCCAGGAGUUGCAAAAGUGGCGGCUGGUUCGCGCGCAUGCCGCGAUCCCAUAUGGCUGCGUGGUCGUUGCAAGCGUUCUUGGACGCGACCUGUACUCGGCCGCCAAGGGUGUCUCGCGCCCGACUUCCGUCGCACAGGAUGUCUGUCUGUUUGUGGUCUGUUUCACCGUUCUUUUUCUUUGGGCGUUUCCUUCAAGCCUGACGUCAAGAACAUUGGAUGUGUGGUCUUCCUUUAUGAUGGCAUGCAUUGUCCUGUGGGUACCACCUUUGGCCUCACCAGGGUUGUUCGCAGCCCCCUCCAUCAUCUUGCCCAUUUUUGGUACGUUGUUGGUGUUCUGGUUCAACAUGAACUUCCGUGCCAAUUUCACAUGGCUAUGGAUCGUAUCCUUGUCAAUCUGCAGCAAUAUAUCUUUCGGCGCCAGCAGCCCUCUUGAAGACUGUCUGCCAGGACGGGGGCAGAGGGUUUCUCAGCUGCUGAUGGCCACUGGUAUCUGCGCCGUUGUUGUCACGUCCUUGCACCAUUCGUUCUACUUGGCCGUGCAGUGCAACAUGGAAGCGAACGUGUCGCGGAACGAGCUGAAGGCCGCGCGCUCAGUGCUGCGGGGCGUCUGCGACGCCGUCGUGGAGCUUGACAGCGACUUCCGGCUGCAGGACGGGUGCCCUGAGCUGGUGGACAUGCUCCUGCUGAACCCGCGGCGCCCCCUCCUGGGCGAGGACCUGAGACAGUUCCUGGCGUCCCAGCAGGACCGCGAGAAGUUCUCGGAGCAGAUGGGCAAGGUCUGGCUUCUGAGCGAGGAUGCGGUCGGGCUCAGCGCGGCGUUCCACGUCUCCAUGAGGGACGGCUCCGGCAUACCCCUCGACGUCGAGGUGUUCUGCGUGCGCUUCGUCAACCGGGAGGGGCAGGCCGCGUACUUCGUCGGCAUCCGCGAGUUCACGGACACAGCCACGAUGCUGAGGGACAGCGGGUCGGAGAGGACGCGGUAUGGCGGCAGACUGAGCGGCCCGCCGAGCGCCUGCACAGCACAUCCCAGGCCACUGGCUGCGUCUGCAGACUCCACGGCCUCGGCCUCGAGUCCGGCUUCCUCGGACGUGAGCUCCGAGCCCUGCUCGCUGGACGAGAGCUGGGAGGACCCAGGCGCCGAGGCGGAGCCCGUGGCCUGGGUCGACGUCUUGACCCCGAACUACUCCGUGAGGCUCGCAUCCCCCGCGUUCGCGAAGUACGUGGACGCCCGGGGCGAGCUCCUGACCGCCAUGCGGCAGUCUCACCAGAGCGAGUUCACCAGCUGGGCGCAGGACGCGUACUUUGCUCUCCUGGAGGAGGGCGUCGCUUCCGCCCACCUGCAGUACCACGAGCGGCUCCACUUGAGGUCCUUUGCGCAGCAAGAAGGUGCCCACAGCUCGAGGGGGUCGAGGCGGAUGCUCUCGGCGCUCCUGAGGCUCGACCUCACGCGGCCGCCCGACGGCCAGGACCUCGGCCGCGGAGUUGUGCGCAUCGUCCUCCAGGACGUCCUGCUGGGCCGGCGCGUGCCCCGCAGUCCGCGGCGGCUGUCGCGCCACGGCGCCCCUCCGGCCAUCACCCAGGCCGCCAGCGGCCAGCCUCUGGCCCAGGAGCAGGUCUCGCGGGGGGCUUCCCAGGCGGCCGCUCUCGCGGGCGGCCCGGCGCCGCCCGAAGCGGCGGGCGGCCAUGUGCAGCUCGAGGGCACAGUAUUCGGCCGCGCCCAGCUGUGA